GAAAACAGUUCAAAAUAUGUAAAUAAAUCAAGAAGUAUUGGAAGUUUCUGACAGCACAUUCAUCUUUCCUUCAACAUUUUGUUUGACGAAAACGAGUUGAGGAACUCGGAAAGAAAAUUAGUCACAACUUCCGAUAAUAUACAGAUUGUUUGCAUGAGUCAUCAAAAUUUAUUAACCAAAAUGCAAAGACGCGAUUUAGAAAGUUUGACCUUUGAAGAUUUCGACGACAAAUACGUACGGCAUGCUUUCAUCACGAAGGUGUUCGGUAUUAUUGCGAUUCAACUUCUCAUAACAUUCGGAAUUAUCUUCGCGUUCGUUUACGUAGAUGCAAUACAGGAUUUCGUGGUCGAACGUCCUUGGCUGAUGUGGGUGGCAUUGGGUUGCAUUGUCGGUAUCAUGAUACCGAUCGCAUGCUGUGAAGGCGUUCGUCGCAGCUUUCCCCUAAAUUUCGUACUACUUAUACUCUUUACGUUAGCCGAAUCAUUUUUGCUAGGUUGUAUUGCCAUCAGGUACUCGCCGGAUACGGUCUUAUAUUCGCUGGGCAUAACGACGCUCGUUGUUCUUGUGCUCACCGUGUUUGCCAUGCAAACCGCCAUAGACUUUACCGCCUGUGGCGCCAUCCUUUUAGUUGGCUCAAUUAUUUUACUUAUAAUCGGACUCGUAGCCAUAUUUGUACCUUCGCGCACGCUUUUGAUAGUUUACUGCUCCCUUGGAAUUCUCAUAUUCUCUUUCUAUCUGAUCUUUGAUAUACAAAUGAUGUUAGGCGGUCAACAUCGGUACGCGAUCAGUCCAGAAGAUUAUAUAUUUGCAGCGCUUAGUAUUUACAUCGAUAUCGUCACAAUAUUCAUGUAUAUACUAAGCCUAAUGGGACUCGUAGACAGCUGAAUGAAAAAAUACAACAAUGCACAGGAGUUUGGAAUCACCUACUACUAAUCAUUUUAUAUA